AUGUUGAAUACACAAUUAUUACUUGGAAUAUUUGUACUACUUUGUUUUGGUGUUCUUGUUUUUUAUGGAGGUAAGGGUAGGCUUGAGAGAUUUGGCAGGCUGAGCCUAAAAAUUGUAGGCGGAGCCAGGGCCAGAGGCAACCAUUUCGAACUUUGUUGAAAAAAAUUACCCUGACCCACAACGAAUUAAAUUCCCACGUCUUUCAGAUUAUCACCAACUUAUAUUACAAAAUUCUGGAAUAAAACCAGCCAAAAUUAUGACAAUCACGAAUAAAUCAAAAGCUACCAGCAAAAAUCCACCAAUCUCACUUGUUUAUACCGUCGGAGGCCAACAAUGGACAAGAUUUCAAUUUCUGACACAUUUCAAAAGUAUUCUUGCACACACUUUAGAACCAUUAGAUCUUCAUAUUUUUGUGGAUAAAGAUUCUUCUGAAUCGUUGAAAACUCUUUUUCACGACGUGGGAUUUGGCUAACUGUGAGUUUGUUUUUUUUAUUUCUAAUGUUUUACUAAUUUUUCAGUUAAUUUCACAUUAUAUGAUAUGGAGCCAUUAUUUCCGAAUAUUUCUUGGGUGCCUAAUUCACAUUAUUCCAAAAACUACUCACUUAUGAAAAUUCUAGUUCCAACACUUCUAAAGAAUUUGAAAAAGGUAAAUUUAUUCAUCAAUCCAAAAUCCAAAAAUGAUAAAUUUUCAGGCAAUUUUCAUCGAUGUUGACACUAUUUUCAAAUGCGACAUCAAAGAGUUAUGGAAUGUUUUCAAUAAUAUGACGGCUAGUCAAAAAUUUGCAAUCACUGAAAACUUUUCACAUUAUUAUUUAUUGAAAGAAAAAUUCAUAUGGCCCGCGAUAGUGAGUCCUAAUUCUGUAAAUCUAGAAAAAAGGAAUUUUUUAUAGGAUAAAGGAUUCAACACCGGAAUAAUGCUAAUGGAUAUUGAGAAACUGAGGGAUGAUUGGGAAAAUAUAUGGCCAAAAGUGACUAUGAAAAAUGUUAAAAAACAUGGAGAAGUCCGUUUAGCUGAUCAGGUAUCAUUUUAUAAUCUCAACUUAUGAAAACUUCUGCUUUCAUGAAAAAUAUUUCAGGACAUUUACAAUGCUGUGAUUUAUGAAAACCCAAGCUGGAUAUAUAAAUUGGAUUGUGUUUAUAAUUAUCAAUUCAAUAGAUCUGAUACUUGUACAGAAGAACCGAAAGUGUAUCAUUUUAAUUUUAUAGUAAAAAAUGCAAAUAUCUAUGAGAAGUCUGUUUCUUCACAAACUACUAAUUAUUUGAAACUCAAUCGGCACAAGAUUACAGGGGUAAGUUAGUUUAACUAGAAAUAUGUGGCUUCUCCAAAACAUUUUUUAAAUGUUUCUUUAUUCCAAAACCAAAAAUCUCUUUUUUUACAGUUCCCAGUAUUCGUCGAUUGUGAAAAGUAUACACCACUAACUGAUUUUAUAGUUUUCCCAAAUAUUAUGGGUAUGAAUACAACAAUUGAACAAGAAAUUGGAAUAGUCACCCAAUUAUCAACUGAUCGAAUAUUCCAUUUUGUCAAUUUCUUGAAAUCUUGGAAAUAUCCUGUUUCUGCUACUAUUUAUGGAUCUGAUGCUGAACUCGUGAGUUUUCUGAAAAUAUUUUUUUCUGUUAAAAAUUCAAAUUUGUUGGUUUUCAGAACAAUGUAUUUGAGAUUCUGUCACUUUUGAAUCGCGAAAAUUUGUUUAUUCAUUUUGUAUUUGAAAACAGAAAUUCCAUAUUCCCCAUCAAUUUCUUGAGAAAUAUCGCUGUAAAAUAUGGAAAAUUCAAGAAAAUUAUUGUUAUUGAUGCAGAUUUUGUGAUUUCAGGAGGUAAGAUUAUCAACAAAACUUCACAACAAUAAUCUGAUUUUAAGAUUACAACAAGUUAUUGGAAGAAUCUAAAACAAUGAAAGAACAUGAAGUACUUGUAUUACCAGCUUUUGAAUUUACAACUUGGAAUUAUUUGAUGGAAUAUACUGCUGAAACUAUUCCACAAAAUAAAAGUGAAGUUGUUCAAUUAUUGAAUAAGAAUAUUCUGAAACUAUUCCGCAUUGAUGUUUGGCCGAAGGGUCAUAAUGCAACGAAUAUCACAAAAUGGAUAGAAUCAGAGAAUGUUUAUAAUGUAAAUUGGAAUCCUGGAUUUGAACCGUUUAUACUGAUGACAAAAUCUGAGUCGCCAAAAUAUGAUGAACGUUUUGGUGGAUUUGGUUGGAAUAAAAUGGAACAUAUUUUAGAAAUUCAGCAUGCCAAGUAAGUGUUCUCGUGAAAAAGAAAAACAAUUAACCACAAAAAAUUCUAUAUUUUCCAGAUUUCAAUUCAAAGUAUCCCAAUCAAUGUUCCUCAUUCAUCAAAAUCAUCAGCCAUCAAAAAGUCUUGAAAUGUAUCGAACAAAUCCGGAAUACAAAUCAUGUUUGAAAAAACUGAAGGAAGAGUUUUUGAAAGAUCUCAAAGAAAAAUAUCCUAAAUGA